UCAGACUAAAAUCGUGAAAGUUCGAUAAGAUGGCGGCUGUUGGUACGCUUGAAGAUGAAGCGCGUAAAAGAAAAGAUCGCUUACGUGCUCUGAAUAGAAAGUCAAGAACAGAAAAUAAAGGAGAAAUUACUGAAGAGAAGAAAGACCCAGAACCGACUGAAGUAGGAAAAUUACCACGGCCAGUAUUUCGAAGCUACCGACCUCAAGAUAAGGAACUACAGGAGAGUACACUACCUCGCAUCAAACCAGGAGAUGCGGCAGAAGAAGUGAAGGUACAGCUAGAAGCUGGAAAAUCAGAACACAUUGUUAAUGAAGUGGACUUAACAACUUUAGCACCAAGAAAACCAGACUGGGAUCUAAAGAGAGACGUUGCUAAAAAUAUUGAGAAGCUAGAACGACGAACUCAAAAGGCUAUUGCUGAGUUGAUUCGGGAGAGGCUGAAGGAAAACCAGAGUGAUCUUGCCACAGCUGUGAAUGCCAGUGAAGCUAUUGCAAGAGUACAAGUGCAGGAUGAUGAUGAUUAAAUGUAUAAGCAUGUUUACAAGUCUAGAAUUUCAAGGAUGAGUGUUAUUAUAGUGAUGAUUUAAUGAGGCAGACCAUGUGUAAGUGUGUUUGAGUGUGUGUUUAGAAGGUGAACUGGUGGUGGAUACAUGGAUGCAUGAAUGUGUGUGAGCUUGACUUCUAUGUAAGUAUCUUGUUCAACUCUUGGCGAAUGAAAAAAAAUUGGUUUUGAACAUGUCAUAAUUGUCAGAUCAGACAUUUGCAUUCAAAUAAAACAUAUGCUAUGUGAUUUUC